GUGCGCGCGCGUGUGAAUUGUAUUGAGUAAAAUGGAGACAUAAAUAAAACAGCCAUCACAAGAAAGGAGAAAUCUGAAAUAGCAAAGACUAGAGCUUCUCUUACCAUGUUUGUUGUAAGAUCCACUUGUCUUCUGUCCACCUGUGGAAGGUUUUAGAGGACAGGCGAGAUCAGUUUAUUUCCAUUCGUCCAGAGACUGGAAUCCACAGUGAAGAGAAGAAAAGGAAAAGGGGGAGAAGUUUGACCAAACUUUUGGUUGGAGUCAUGACAUUGUGUGACAUGUUGCUGUCCAUCAUCUGAUCCUUACUGAGCAGGAAGUCCAGAGCCAAUUCAACAUGGACGACUGAUACAUGCAGUCAUGCUGGUGUCCAUCAGAGAACAAACAGGAAGUUUGACACUGCUGCACUUCCUGUUUGGUGUGCUCCUGCUUCAUCCUGAGGGGGGUGUCAGUCUGGAACUGCUUCCACUCGCCAGCCAGGUUCUGCUCAACGCUCACUCAAAUUUUACUGUGGUGUGUUCUGGCUGGGGUCAGGUGGCCUGGCGCUUGCCACGACAGGAUUUCCAAGAUGAUGGGGUUGUGGUGGACGAACAGAAAUCCAGAAGUAUUUUGCAACUCUUAAACGCCACCUGGAGGAAUUCUGGGAGGUAUGCGUGUGAGGAGUCCUCGUCCGAUCAGAUCAGAGAGAUCGACAUCUUCAUCCCUGGACAAGGUCCAAAUGAAUGGUUUGUUCCGCUUGGUCCAGGUGUGGUGAUGAAGGAGAAGGAGGUAGACACAAUCCCCUGCGUCGUAUCCGACCCACUUCUGAACGUCAGCCUGUACGAGCGUGGAGACGCAAUUCCAGUUUCAGGAAUGAAGUACGAGCCUGCUCACGGCUUUACGGGUCACCUAAACGACUCGUCAUACGUGUGUGUGGCCUCCAACGGUUCUGAGCAGGCCCAGUCACAGGUGUACUAUGUUUUCAGCAUUAUAGUCGCCAAGGAGAUGCAGGUGGACUUCAUAGCUUCCAGCAAUGUGUUGAAGCGAGGGGAACCUCUAACGGUCAACUGCACGGUCCAAGACACGGAGAUGGUUUAUUUCUCUUGGAACUUCCCACGCAAACAGGAAAUUGAGCCACUCACAGAAUUUCUGCCCAAUCAAAUUCGUUCUUUUGUUAGCAUCCCCACAGCAACGCUGGCAGAUUCUGGUGUGUAUGCAUGCUUAGUGCAGGAAACACUUCAGGGACGAACUGUGGAAAAAAACAUGACUGUAACUGUACUGGAUCGAGGUUACGUUUUGGCGCACCCGUCACAUGACACCAACAUGUCAUCUCUUGUUCACCACACGGUAGAGCUCCGUGUGGUGGUGGAAGCUUACCCGUCCCCCACCAUAGUAUGGACCAAAAACAAGCAGGGUGUCGUCACGGAAACAAACUCAGUAUCCAGCACACGCGUGGCAGGCAGCAGCUACGUGAGCACGCUGACCAUGCGGCGAGUCCGUCUGAAUCAGACGGGAUGUUACACCGUGACCGUUUCUAACGAGGAUGCUGAAGAUGAGGUUGUCUUCCACCUAGAGGUCAAAGCACCCCCAAAAAUUACCUUGCUGUCGGAGUCGAGCAAUCAGGCCAUGCUAUGUGUUAGUGAAGGAGCCCCACCCCCUUCUGUCACCUGGUUCACGUGUCACAGUGCAGACGGGUGCACUAAUGGGACGGGACGCUGGAGGAGCCAAUCCGCUGCCUCAGAGGGUGUGGCUCUGCAAGAGAGCAUCACUGUCAUGGCGGAGGAAGGCAUAACCCAGGUGCGCAGUGUGCUGACUCUGCAAACUCGGGCAUCCUUGUCCGCUGUUCGCUGUGAGGCCUCAAACUCUGCUGGUCGACGAGCCAGAGACCUGCGACUCGUAUCCACUUCUCUUUUGUCUCAGGUGGCCAUGUUGGCGCUGGUUCUGAUUCUGGUCAUCAUUGCCAUCGUCUUCCUCAUCAUACUCAUCAUCCUGUGGAGAAAAAAACCUCGGUAUGAAGUUCGUUGGAAGCUGAUUGGUUCUGUGAGUCCUGAUGGACAAGACUACACCUACCUGGACCCCGCCCUCCUGCCUUACAAUGCCUCAUGGGAAAUACCAAGAGAAAACGUAGUAUUAGGUACUAACAGCAGGUCAGGCGCUGGGUUCGGGUGCUUUUGGUCGAGUUAUGGAAGCGACCGUUACUGGUCUUCUCACGUCCCAGACGCUGACCAAAGUGGCCGUGAAGAUGCCAACAGUGGUGCACGUCAGUCUUUGUUGUCGGAGUUAAAGGUUUUGUGUCAUCUUGGUCCUCAUCUGAACAUUGUCAACCUACUGGGCGCGUGCACUACAGCAGGGCCGCUCUAUGUGAUCACUGAGUUCUGUCGCCAUGGAGACCUGGUGACUUACCUGCAACGCCACAGACACACCUUUGUACAUAACGACACACACGCUAAGAGAGAGGCUGAUGGAGGUUACAUGGACAUGAGCAAGCGGGAGGAGCUUAUCAACGUGCAUGAGAACGUGCGCACGCCGGCAGGGUCAUGUGUCCCUGCAGGCCAGCAGGACGACUCAUCCCUCUUCCUCAGUGACUCUCCUGUCCUUGGCCCAAACGACCUCCUCAGCUUCUCCUACCAGGUGGCCUGCGCCAUGAACUUCCUGUCCUCCCGUAAUUGUGUCCACAGAGACUUGGCAGCUAGGAACAUUCUGGUGUGUGAGGGGGGGCUGGCCAAGGUUGGCGACUUUGGUCUGGCUCGAGACCUGCUGAAGGAUGAAAACUACGUAGCCCGAGGACACACUUUGCUGCCACUCAAGUGGAUGUCGCCGGAGAGUGUCUUCCAAAAUAUUUACUCCUCCCAAAGUGAUGUGUGGUCCUACGGAAUUCUGCUGUGGGAGAUCUUCUCUUUGGGUGAGAGUCCAUACGCAGACCUUACGUUGACCCAGGAAUUCUACUCAGCACUGAAGAGAGGACACCGCCUGACACAGCCCGAACAUGCCAACUCCAACAUUUACAGCAUGAUGAAGAUGUGUUGGAACGAGUGUCCUGGGUCCAGACCGCUGUUCUCGUCUUUAGUGGCCUCUCUGGACCUCAUGUUGACUGAUGACUACAGAAAGAUGUACGCUAGGCUGAUGGAUGACUUCCUGAUGCGCAAACAUCCGGCGGUGGUUCCAUCGGCACCCACACCAGCUGAUGGGCCCAUCGACAUGAGCGGAAGUCAAGCCCCCAAAGUGACAGUUGACCUGGAGGAGGCGGGUCCUUCUCAUGGUGUUUUCAUGACCCCCGUCAGCGUGGAACUUCAUGGCGGUGCUGCGCAGGACGCAGACAGAGCGGAAGAACAGGAAGUGACGUCACCAGGUGGAGGUGAGGAUCAGGAGGAAAGCUGCCUGUGAAAAGAAGCUCACCAUAAUGACGUCAUUAGUGGCUCUUUCAUGACGCAAUAUUCAUGCCACAAUGCUUUUGUAUUUGCUGAAAAAUGUAAAUUGCAGGCUUUUGUCCCCUUUUUUCCAGCAGUAAAACAGGCAAACAUUUCCACCAACACAAGUUGUAAAGUCAAUGACCUCACCUACCACGUGGCCCCGCCCACUAAGUUCUUUUUAUUUGCUCCAAAAACGAUGGCACACUAGCUAGCGCUAACAAUGGCACAGAUUUGUUCAGUAUCAAAACUUUGCAUUCAUUCUCCGUUGGCGGUCAGAGACGGCUGAGGUUUAAGAAUGGGUGGGGGUCUGAGGUUGUUGGGAGGCACAUACAGUAGUAGCCUCCCCGUAGAUCUCCCCCUGCAGACCCACCACCUGCGGGGGCAAGCAUAAGGGUCCGGUGCAGUGUGUUUUGGGUGGCGGUCGAAGGCGGGUCGUCUGCGGCCGUAUCUGGUUCUUGGGACAUGGAAUGUCACUUCUCUGAUUCAAAUGUUGUGCUGCUAUUAAAAGCACUAGUUUUAGGUAAAUAGGAUUUGAGACGUGUGUGCUAUCUUUUAGCUUGAGUUACAUUUUCAGUUCUUUUGGAGCUUUUAAUGCAUCCAAAUAAAUGUAAUCCGGUCCUGCCGUUUAUCUUUUUGUUCACAAAACACAGUAAAAAUGGGCAUA